AUGAUUAUUUUGGAUCGAUCAGACUCUGUUCUUGGUGGAUUCAAUCGAAGUAGGGACUUCGUAUUGGCAGCAUCUGAAGAACUAAAUAUUGGACCACAUGCACACAGUGUUUCUAUGAUUACUUACUCAGGCAACCAUUACAGGAGAGAAAUUUACCCAUGGAAUUUUGCAAAGAAUAAUGAAGAAUUUAAAAAAAUAGUAAAAGAUAUCAGACCAAUUGGAGGAACAACAAAUACAUAUGAAGCAAUGAAACUUGCUGUUAAAUUGAUGGAAACAAGAAAUAAAACAAUUCCAACAUUAGUUAUGGUUGUAACAGACGGAAGAAGUGCAGUUGAUCCAAAAGAGCCAUCACAGCAAUUGCAACGAAUUCCAAAUACUUGGGUAUUUGCUGCAGCUACUGGUGAUCCCCAUUUGGCAAAUAAGUGA